AUGCUUGUUCACCUACUGUCAAUGGUGCUUCUGUUUUCUACGUUACAUCUUAUAUCAUCGAAUCUUAUACGAGGCUUCAAUGAUGAUCUUUGCGAUCCACAUACAGUCACGUCCGAACAUUAUCCAUCGCUAUUAGUACGGCUCGAUGUCCAAAAGACAAGUCCUUUAAAACUGAAGGCAACAUAUCGUCUUCCAAACAGCACUAGAGAAUUCUCUUUCGAAGGGAUGGUUUUGACUGGUGGUUUUCCAGUUCCAGCUGAGUUAGCGGCAUGCAGAUCACUAGGUUGUAGCGAAUCAGCAGGAGCUACACCAAUGGGAUGGACCGCACAAUCUACAUGCGAGUUCACCUGUCCAGACGGUACAAGUGCUAUGCAAAAAUGCCGUUUUAUGAUUAAACAAUUUCAAUGUCCAACUGAUGCAAUGAAUUUGCUCGAAUGUCUCACAAACGAACGGUUUUGGGAAUAUGCGACGAACGUACCAGGUUCGAGUUAUAAAGGCCUUGAUCUCAAGUGUAUCAAAUGUGAAGACUAA